AUGUCGACGAGGCAUAUAAAUCAGGCGUGCACAGAGGGCGCCGCUGAAUGCGAUUUGGUCCGCGGCGGGUUCCAGCCGCGCCUUCCGACUUCGCUGCCGCCCCCAGGGCAGGAGCAGCAGCCGUCGCCGCUACCACGCCGACAGCCCGUCCCGUUGAUGCCUCCCGCGCAGCUUCAUCCGGGAGCGCCCCAGGUGGUCGCUCCGGCGCCUGCGGUCCCUCUUCAGUCGCCACCGCCUUCGGAGCUGAUAGACGUCGACCCCUCAGCCGGGCCGCCUUCCCAAGCGGUGGCUGUGCAGCCUGUCCUGCAGACGCUUUCCUUGGGCACCCCCAAGGAGUCUGACACCGCAGCGCCUUGUCCGGCGCCCACUCAGCAGCCGUCGACGCAGCGUCAGGAGACGCUGCCUCUCUUCGUGGGUCCCGACGCCCCGUCGCGUCCAGUACCUGAAGCUGCGGGCCGGGCGCCGAGUUUACGGGAGCGCGCAGUCGUCUCCGGUGCGCCCGGGCGCCACCCCUGCCUGCCGCCAGUAAAUCAGCUGGGAAGAGCCGCGGGCGGCGCUCCACAGGGUGGGUCGGGGGCGGCGCGGCCGGCCCCGCAAUUACAACAGCCGCAGUCAGUCCGCAAUCUUCGUGUCAACGCGCCGCCGCGGAGCUGUCAUUACGGGGGCCGGCGCGGCGCGCGUGCGGCUAUCGCUUUCCUAAUUGGCGCCGCCGUCGUAAUUAGAAGCGCCUAA